AUGGGCAUUCUCGACUCCGGGAAACCGGCCGCUGCGGCCUCCCCUCGCAGUUUUGCCGUUGCCCACUUACGGCCGAGGAAUAGCUUUACCGGAUGCUCACGAAUCACUGAUUAUGAGGUCCUGGGCAAGCUCGGUGAGGGUACUUUCGGUGAGGUUCAUCGGGCGAGGUCCAAGAAGACUGGCGCCUUAGUUGCGCUGAAGAAGAUCAUCAUGCAUAACGAAAAGGAUGGUUUCCCCAUCACGGCACUCCGAGAAAUCAAGUUGCUGAAACUCCUCUCUCACGUUAAUGUCCUGCGCCUGGAAGAGAUGGCGGUUGAACACCCAGCUCGGAGCAGCAAGUUCACCUCCCGCUUGCUCGACAACCCCUCGGUGCACUUCACGGAGCCGCAAAUCAAGUGCUACAUGCUCCAGCUCCUGGAGGGCCUCAAGUACCUCCACGAGAACCAUAUUCUGCACAGAGAUAUGAAGGCUGCCAACCUUUUGAUCGACAACAAAGGCAUCCUCCAGAUUGCAGACUUCGGCCCUUGCAAGGCACUACGAGGGAGAGCAAUUGACAUGUGGGGCGUGGGAUGUGUAUUUGGCGAGAUGCUCGUAGGCAAGCCGAUCCUUGCCGGGGAGAGUGAUGGCCACCAGCUCGAGAUCAUCUUUGAACUUUGUGGAACACCCACAGACGAAAACAUGCCCGGUUGGCGGUCACUGCCCGGAGCCGAGGCCCUGCAACCUCGACCCAGGCAGGGGAAUCUAUCACAGCGGUUCCGAGAAUACGGAUCGGGAGCCGUGUCACUUCUUAGAGAGCUCCUCAGGCUCGACUGGCGAAGCCGCGUCAACGCCAUUGACGCCCUCAAACAUCCCUAUUUCCAAACCACACCAUUACCAGCGAAACCCCACGAACUUCCGUCCUUCGAAGAGAGCCACGAACUGGAUCGGAGGAAGUUUCACGAUAGGAGAGCAGCGCUGCCACCGGCCCCCAAGGGCGGCACAGUCGGCCGCGGCCCCCACGAUGGGCCCAACGCCUCCUUCAGCAGCGACGGCUUCGGCAGCAGGAACGGCGUCAACAGCGGCCGCUACCCGCGCGGCAGCCGCGGACCGGAGGAGCGUGUGCCCGCGUGGCACCGAGACCGUGGCCUACCCCCCCGCCCACCGCCGCCCAGCGAUCCCGACCACCCGGACGGCUACCGCGACAGGGGCAGCGGGAGACCACGCGGUGGAGGCGGAGGCCGGCCAGACGUCGACACCUACAUCCCCAGCUACGACCGCGACGCACCGAGGCGGGACGACCGGCGGCGGAGGGACGACAGGGACGAUCGGCGGCAUGAUUGGGACCGCAGGCGGGACUACGACGACCGGGCGCGCACCAGUCGGACGAGGAGUCGCAGCCGCUCGCCCGUGCGCGAUCGGGAGAGGGAUAGGGACAGGGACAGGGAAAGGGAUAGGGACCGUGACCCGUAUCGCCGGUAG